AUGAACUUGAAGAGGUAUUGCAACAGGAGGAAAGCUUGUGGCUACAGAAGUCGAGGAAUCAAUAGGUACUUUAUGGGGACAAGAAUACAAAAUACUUCUACGCGUGCACGAUGCGAAGACGUAGACAUAACUACAUUGGAGCUCUUAAAUCACCGAAUGGUAGUUGGGAUUCAGAUCAAGAAGCUCUUUGCUCGAUGGUCGAUUAUUGAUAACAUUAUUGUCGCACAAAAGGUUGUUCACACCAUGAGAUUGAAGAAAUGUAAAGUUGGUUUUAUGGCGAUGAAAAUAGACCUUGAAAAAGCUUAUGAUCGCCUUGAAUGGUCAUUUAUUGAAGAUACGCUAGGCGAGUUACAUAUCCCGGAGAAUUUUCGAACACUUAUCAUAAGAUGUGUAACUUCAGUCUCGACUCAGGCACUUUGGAAUGGCGCUAUGACUGAAGCUUUUAAGCCAACUAGAGGAUUAUGGCAAGGUGACCUAUUAUCACCAUAUUUGUUUGUGAUGUGCAUGGAGAGGCUGGCGCAUGCGAUUUCUAUAGCUGUUAAUAAUGGGCAGUGGAAACCUAUUCGCCUGUGUCGUAAUGGACUUGAUCUUUCUCAUUUAUUCUUUGCAGACAAUUUGGUACUCUUUGCUGAGGCUUUUAUUGAACAAUGCUAUGUAAUUCGGAGUAUAUUGGAUCUUUUCUGUAGGUUCUCAGACCAGAAAAUCAACAUCCAAAAGACUAUUAUCUUUUAUUCAAAGAAUGUGGAUUCGGGUUUGAGGAAUUCCAUUAGCUCACAAUUUGGUUUCCAGGAAGUCCAAAAUUUGGGGAAAUACCUUGGAGUACCCCUUCUCCACUCUCGGAUUACAAGAGCUUCAUUUAGCUACAUCGUUUCGAGAGUUCGUGAUAAACUUGCAGGAUGGAAGGCAAAAGCACUAUCUUUGGCCGGUAAAAUUACCUUGGCAAAAGCGGGUCGGACUAAGGCUAGAGAUGAAAUAUCCCUUGUUCAUUGGGAGAAUAUUUGCAAACCUACAAGCAAUGGAGGUAUUGGCAUGAAGAAAUUAACCGAUCAAAACGACGCUUACCUCAUGAAACUAGCGUUUAAUUUGGUUGUUAAUGCUGACAAGCUAUGGUCUAAAGUGUUACGCUCCAAGUAUAAGUGGCGGAGUGGGUUACCUGAUUCCAUCGAGCGUAAGGGCAGGUCACAUAGGUUGGCAGCAACGAUGCCCCCAUGGCAGUGCAAGAAACAGGAUGCGCUGGGGUGGAAGUGGAAUACUGACCGAUGCUUCACGUUUAAGUCUGCUUACGAUAUGAGGCAGGAACACUCGGACGACAGUCCACACAAGGUAUGGGAAGUGAUUUCAAAGUAUCGUGGAUUACAAAGGAUUAAAAUUUUCUUGUGGUUAUUAGCUAAUGAUAGGCUUCUAACUAAUACGGAACGAGUAAGACAGCACUUAACUACAAGCAACCACUGUGGUGUUUGCGGGCAGCCAGGGGAAAUGAUAGACCACCUUUUUCGCCACUGCUUUUCGGCCAUAGGAAUCUGGUCUUCGCUAGUUAAAGUCAGUAAGUUACAUGAUUUUCUAUCACGGGACAUAAGUAGUUGGUUGCAAAUUAAUAUCGUCUCUCCGGGAUUUUAUGCACGCGAUGAACGGGAUUGGGAUUUAUUAUUUGGUUCGAUCCUUUGGCUGUUAUGGAAGAAUCGUAAUAAGAGAAUUUUUUAUCCGGAUUAUAUUAAACAAGAGUUUGUUUUGGAACAAGGCAAAUGUCUUUGUCUCGAAGCUAACCAUGCACUUGAUUCUUCUAUGUCGAGGAGCCAGUCUUCCCAUCGGCAGUUUACUAGGACCGUUCUUUGGUCCCCACCUCCUCCAAAUUGGUGUAAGAUUAAUACAAAUGGUUCCCGUAAAACAGGAAACGGAUAUGGGGGUGUUUUCCGAUCCUCGAAUGGAGAUUGGCUCUUGGAAUUCUCUAAGGUAAUAGGAAUAUGCUCUAUCGUUGAAGCGGAGCUAUGGGGUAUUUAUGAAGGUCUCUCUCAUGCAUGGAACCUUGAAGAACGACAAGUCAUGGUAGAGGCUGAUAACUUGGAGGUUAUUCGGAUGCUACAGGGGAAAACUAAGAGAGGUUCGUUUUUAUCUCUUCUAGACUGA